AUGCAUUUCUCUUCAAACUCUUCAAACCAAUCAGACCAGUCUUUGCCUACUAAAAUUGCUAAACUCGAAGCACGUAUGGCUGGCAAGGUAUCUUCUGUCUCUUCUGCCCCCACCGUUCAGCUACAGCAACAACAGCAGCCGCAGCUCCAACAGCAACAACAACAACAACAACCCAUUUGGUCUUCUGUUUCUCCGGGUCCGAAAUUUGGGCCUCCUGAGGAAUUGGCAGAGUCUAGUGAUUCUGAUGACGAUAGCGGAGGGGAAUUUCUUAUACAAGCAAACACUCAGAAGCGCCAGAGAUUACAAGAAAAUGAUAAUUCAGCCGUCUUUGAACAUCUUGAGGCAGUGAAUGAUGGAAGGGAAAAGACGGGGGAAACCGUAGAGACCAAGGGCAGUUCUGAUGCAAAUAGAAGAAAACAAGGUCGUGGCAGGGGUCAGUCUAAUUCUGGUAGAGGUCGUGGUUCCAGAGCUAAUGAUCAGAUGAGAUCACAAAUUUGUGUUUCAUCAGCCUCACCUUCAAAUGGUCAGCUUGAGAACUCGUAUCCCAAGGAUAGCAGGCCCAAAGAGCACUUCAGAAAUGAUGAUUGCACAUCCUUAGAGCCUUUGCAAUUUUCAGAUGCUUUCCCUGAGGAGGAGCUUUCAUCUCUACGUGCAAAAGUUGCCACGCUAGAGGAAGAUCUUCGUAAAUCUCGUCAAGAGGCCUCUACUAAUCAUGAUCUCUGUCACCAGUUAGAAAAGGAAUUGAAGGAACUCAAAGAUUAUGAACAACAAAUGAAGCCAAAGAGGACCAAAAUUAUAUCGGAUCUGCUGAUAUCUGUUUCAAAAGCAGAGAGACAAGAAGCUAGAAUGAAAGUUCGCCAGGAUUCUUUAAGACUUGGCAGUGUGGGUGUUAUCAGAGCUGGAACUAUCAUAUCUGAGACAUGGGAGGAUGGGCAAAUGCUGAAAGACCUGAAUAUUCAUCUUAGACAGUUAUUAGAAACUAAGGAGGCUAUUGAGAGGCAGCGGAAAUCAUUGAAGAAACGACAAUCUGACAAGGGUGAUGGUACAGAUGCAGAAUCGGGAGUACAAGAAGAAGAUUUUCUCAUCCAGGACGAGAUUUUUAAAUCUCGUCUAGUGAGCAUUAAGCGGGAGGAAGAGACUGUUUUGCGUGAGAGAGAUCGCUAUGAACUGGAAAAGGGACGGCUUAUACGUGAAAUGAAACGGAUACGAGAUGAGGAUGGUUCCCGUUUUAAUAAUUUUCAGAUUUUAAAUCACCGAUAUGCCCUUCUAAAUCUUCUUGGUAAAGGAGGAUUUAGUGAGGUUUACAAGGCUUAUGAUUUGGUGGACCAUAGAUAUGUUGCAUGUAAGCUUCAUGGUCUGAAUGCUCAGUGGAGUGAGGAUAAGAAGCAAAGCUACAUACGGCACGCAUUGCGGGAGUACAAUAUUCACAAGACCUUGGUGCAUAAUCACAUUGUUCGACUAUGGGACAUUUUUGAAAUUGACCAGAAUACGUUCUGCACUGUCUUAGAGUACUGUAGUGGUAAAGAUCUUGAUGCUGUUCUUAAAGCUACACCUGUAUUACCCGAGAGAGAAGCUAGGAUUAUUAUUGUCCAGAUAUUUCAAGGCCUUGUAUACUUGAAUAAGAGAGCACAGAAGAUUAUCCAUUAUGAUUUGAAGCCUGGGAAUGUUCUUUUUGAUGAAUUUGGUAUUGCAAAAGUUACUGAUUUUGGUCUUAGCAAGAUAGUGGAGGAAGAUGUUGGAUCCCAGGGAAUGGAACUUACAUCUCAGGGAGCUGGAACAUAUUGGUAUUUACCACCAGAAUGCUUUGAGCUCAGCAAGACCCCUUUAAUAUCAUCAAAGGCAACUGGAGUUCUAUUUUACCAAAUGCUCUUUGGCAGACGCCCUUUCGGGCAUGACCAAACUCAAGAACGGAUACUACGCGAAGAUACAAUUAUCAAAGCUCGCAGGGUUGAAUUCCCUUCCAAGCCUACUAUCUCAAAUGAGGCGAAGGAUUUGAUCCGUCGAUGUCUAACCUAUAACCAAGCAGAUAGACCAGAUGUUCUGACCACUGCACAAGAUCCAUAUCUUACAUACGUAAAGAAAAUCCCAUGCACAACCCCGACCUUGCAAUCUAAUCAUAGCAGCAUAAAUGAUGUUCGAAACCUAAGAUUCAAUGUGGUUACUAAAUGUGAAUCUAACGAAUCAUCAUCAGAGACAAGUUUGCCCGCAAAAAAUACUACAAAACUUGGGAUAGGGUCUCCUGUAGUUGUUAUUGAGGCUCCCCAAAUGAUCAAGACAGCAACAGCAAUGCCCUGCCUCCGGGUCAAUACUGGCUUGGUUAAGCCUGGCGAUGUUGGAAGAAUUGUGUCAAGAAAGCCGAAGGAUGUGUGGGCAGUUCGUCUUGCUAUUGGCACUUAUCUCAUAGAUGGCAAAUAUUUCAAGCCCUUAGACCUCAAUCAAUGA